CUCUCCAGAGCCAUGAACUCCGGCGACUCCUCCUCCUCCUCCUCCGGCGAUCUCGCGGGCACCACUCUCCUCUCCUCCGAUCCAGCACUCACCUCCCCCAUACCCCCUGCCCCAACCCCGGUGACCACCUCGCCCGAGCUCAUCGCCCCCGUCGCCACAGCUCCACCUGCCGCGACCUCCUCCGCCAUGACUCUGCUUCCUCCCCCGAUCCUUCCCGAUGCUGCGGCCUCCUCAUCCGCCGCCGUCCCCUCCACCGAACGCGGCGCCGCACUUCGUCUCUCCUGAGACGAGCGCAGUACUCCGCCAUGCGCAGAUCGCCUUGGGUGAGGGCGCGAAACUCGGCGGAGAGAUGGACCGCUUGAGCGGGCUGGUUCGCGAGGAAGAACUCCCGGAGCUUGUCCCAGGCGACGAAGGCGGUGUUCGCCUCGCCGCGGAUGACCUCGUAGGGACCGUCGGUGAUGGUGGAGUAGAGCAGCAGGAGGAGGGUGAGAUCUGUGUGGCGCCACCUGUAUAUAAUGUACUCUGAUGAGAUGAAUCAAUAUAGUGAACAUUAUCACUAAACAACUGCAACGACGGCCCGAAAGCGUCAUGUAUAACCAACGUGGCCCCGUGGAUGACGACCGUCGGCGCCGCCACCACGGACCGGGUGUUCCCGGCGACACCCCGGCUCGGCAACGGGGUGGUGCUCACCGGGCAGUCCCUCUACAACAUCCCGUUCUCCCAGGGCGCGGGCAUGAUCCCGCUAGUGCGCAGCGACUGCGACGAGGAUGACCUGACGCCCGACAGGGUAAUGGGCAAGGUCGUGGUGUGCUCCCAGGGUGGAGUAGCUUCGGCUGACGUGCAGAGAGCGGGCGGAGCCGGGAUAGUUUCCACCGAUAGUGGGGAACAGUUCUUGGACACGGUAAUGGCCGAACCCUUCAACCUUCCCGGUCUCCAGCUCAGCUCCACCGGCGGCAAGAAGCUGGCCGAUUACAUGUCGUCCGUGGCGUACCCGGUGGCGUCCUUCAACUUCACCUGCAACACGGUCACCGGCGAGAACCGGGCGCCGAUGGUGGCGGGCUUCUCCUCGCGGGGACCCAAUCCGAUUACCCCCGAGAUUCUGAAGCCGGACGUCAUCGCGCCGGGAUUGAACGUCCUCGCGGCCUGGUCAGGUGCCGCCUCGCCAUCUAACCCGCGGAGGUUCGAGUACAACAUCCUGUCGGGGACGUCGAUGGCGUGCCCGCACGUGGCCGGCGUGGCGGCCCUGAUCAAGAAGCGGCACGGCGACUGGACGCCGGCCAUGAUCCGUUCGGCGCUGGUAACGACCGCCGGCCCGCUUGACAUGAACGGCAGGGAAAUCGUGGACAGCGGCAGUGCCGUCGGCGCCGCCGUCAUGGGCGCGACGCCGCUGGCGGCCGGGGCCGGGCUCGUGCUCCCGCGGCUCGCCAUGGGCCCAGGCAUGGUGUACGACGCCGGCACGCAGGACUACGUCGACUUCCUCUGCACCCUCAACUACACGGUGGAGCAGAUGCAGCAGUUCGUGCCGGAGCUAAGCAAGUGCGAGAGGACGAUCCCCGGCGGCGUGGCCAACCUGAACCACCCGUCGUUCGUGGUGGUGUUCGACGGCCGCACCCGCGUCCGCACGCUGAUGCGGACGGUGACCUUGGUGUCGGCGCGCCCCGAGAGGUACAACGUGACGGUCGCCGCGCCCGACGGGGUGAAGGUGACCGUGACCCCGGCGACGCUGGAGUUCAGGUGGCCGAAGGAGAAGAGGAGCUACAGCGUGCAGUUCAGCAGCGAGGCGGGGGCGAAGGUGAGGACGGCCGGCACGUGGGAGUUCGGCCACAUCGCCUGGGAGAACAGGAAGCAUCGGGUCAGGAGCCCCGUCGCCUUCAAGUGGGACAACUGAUGCCAUGCAUGUAGGCCGGAGCACGUACUACGUACUGUAGUAGAAUAAGAGUGAGUCUGAUUGUCUGAACUCUGAGAGACUUGAGAGUUGGUGUGUAAUGAAAAAGAAGGAGAAGAAUCAGCAUUUGAUUGUGGUGGACUUGUGAUGAGGAGAAGGGAAUAAUC